AUGUCCUUCGCAACGACGAUCGCCGUGAUCCUCACUGCUACCCUGAUCAGCUGCGCUUCCGCUGGACCCUUGAUAACGUCAGAGUCUACCACCACGACCGCGCCCACUUCUUCCCCCUCGGCGCAGACCAUCCAUUAUCCGCUGGCUGGCCCAGAACCUACGGGCGAUGCAGACGACACCGGAGAAUGUCGACUGCUAGGACCAUUUUCGCUCCUCGUACAGGCCGCCCUUGGCGCGUUGGCGCUGUUAUCGCUGGUGUACAAACGAUGGAGGGAGCGACCUCAGCGACCGCUCAAAGUCUGGGCGUUCGACGUUUCUAAGCAGGUGUUUGGUUCUGCAAUGCUGCAUCUUGCGAACUUGCUCAUGUCCAUGUUUUCGGCCGGUCAGCUCGAAAUCACGAGUGAAUACAAACCGAAUCCGUGCUCCUUCUACCUGUUGAACUUGGGCAUUGAUACUACUCUGGGAAUUCCGAUCCUCAUUUUCAUCCUGCACAUCCUCAACCGCAUCGCGCUGUACACGCCGCUCGCCAACCCUCCCGAAUCCAUCAAAUCUGGAAAUUACGGUCGGCCUCCCCGGGCGCUCUGGUGGUUCAAACAGUCUAUUAUCUACUUUAUAGGCCUCCUGGGCAUGAAGAUCUGCGUCUUUUUCCUAAUCCAGCUGCUCCCAUUCAUCGUCAAGGUGGGCGACUGGGCGCUCCGGUGGACCGAGGGCAACACCGCCGUGCAGAUCAUCUUUGUGAUGCUGCUCUUCCCCGUCAUCAUGAACGCGAUCCAGUACUAUAUCAUCGAUACUUUUAUCAAGAAGCCGUCGCGCGAGCUGCUCGAAGAGGAAGUCGAGGACGACGUUGAUGCACGGGGCCACGACCAGGACCACAGACAUGCCCUGCUGGGUCCGGAGGAGGAUGACACGAUCGAAUCGGAGGAUGAUUCGGUCGGCAAGGCGGCCGGCAAGGUAUUUGACAGUCCUCAGUCCAAGGAGACUCUGCCACGGUAUUCCGUCGAGCCCGCCCCGGGAUACAGUGUUGGGUCGUCGGCGUCAGUGUCGGCCUCAAUGUCGUCCAGCUCCAGCAGCGCCCGUUAG